AUGGUAAUGCCAAAUUUCAUCAAGGAGAUCCUCAAAUGGGUGCGGGCUGGGUCACCAAAGCUAAGGCUCACAGGGACAGCCUUCCUCAGCCAGCUUAUGAGUGACCCGUCCAUUCAGGACGAGGAGCUGCUGAACCCAGCCCUUCUUCUGCUGGCGGAACGAGCCAAGGACGGCAAUUACGACGUUCGGCAGAUGGCAGCCAGGGCCUUGGGGAACGUGGCACAUGGUGCCCCUGAGCAGCUGAAACACCACCGGACCCUCAUCCUGGACACCCUGGUCCAAGGCUCCUUCGUGCCAUCUUCAGAUAAGCUCAUGACAGAGGGCAUGAUAUCUCUGGCCAAGGUCCUCAGCCAGUUAGGGACCAGUACAGGGCCCGUCAUUUUGGCUGUGCGGACGCACGUCAGGGCCUUUUUCGACCACAAGGAUGAUGCCCUGCGCAAAGCCUCAUUUGCCCUGUUCGCCACCUUGGCAGGGUGCCUAAGAAAAAGAUGGCACGCUUGGUAUAAAACCCAGGUGAGGCAGAGCUGGGCAGCGCUGCUGCUGCACCUGCAGGACCCGAACAAGGAGGUGGCCAAGUGCCAGGCUCCUCCUGGCCAGCCCCUCCUGUUCCUGGCCUGGGCACAGUCGUGGGUCAAGAGGCAAGCCUUGGGCUCUGCUCAGCAGUCAGCAGGGAGUCCAGACCUGGUGUGA